CCAACUUUCCACUCCACUCCCAUUUUCGACAUGGCGUAGGGAAGAGGCAACGCAGCGGGCAGGCAUUGUAGCGGGAAAACCGUGAUCAGUUGAUAAAGUAGAGGAUUUCUAUGUUUUUAUUUCAGUAGGGUGAUAUACAUUUGCAAGUUGUAACAAAGAGUCAAGCAAAGUUUAGGGUGCCCACUAAGUGUUGAAGAUGAUGUCUGAUGCCAGUGACAUGUUGGCAGCAGCUUUGGAGCAGAUGGAUGGGAUAAUAGCAGGCUCCAAGUCCAUGGACUACUCCAACGGCCUGUUUGACUGCCAGUCACCAACCUCUCCCUUCUUGGGAAGCCUGCGGGCGCUGCACCUGCUGGAGGACCUCCGGGGCGUGCUGGAGCUGAUGGACACCGAGGAGAGGGAGGGCCUACGCUGCCAGAUCCCUGACGCCACUGCAGACAGCCUGGUGGACUGGCUGCAGCAGGGACACCUGAUGUCCAAUGGCCACCACAUCUCCAUGGGUGGUGACCUCUACCAGGAGAGACUGUCUCGGCUGGAGGGUGACAAGGAAUCCCUGGUGCUUCAGGUGAGUGUGUUGACAGACCAGGUGGAGGCGCAGGGGGAGAAGAUAAGGGACUUGGACAUGUGUCUGGAUGAACACCGGGAGAAACUGAACGCCACUGAGGAGAUGCUACAACAGGAGCUCCUGUGCAGAACGACUCUAGAGACUCAGAAACUGGACCUAAUGGCUGAGGUGUCCAACUUGAAACUGAAGCUGAACUCAUUUGAGAAGGACAUACUGCACUUUGACUUCAGGGACAGUGAGGACAUGGGUAUGGAGAUUAAUGAGCUGAGGUACAAAGUGACUGAGAUGGAGAGUGAAAGACUACAGUAUGAGAAGAAACUGAAAUCCACUAAGUCGCUAAUGGCCAAGCUUUCUAGCCUGAAAAUCAAAGUGGGCCAGCUGCAGUAUGAGAAACAGAGGAACGAGCACAAACUGCAGGCACUGAAGGAGGAGCUGGCGACGCUGAGGAGGCAGCUGGAGGGAAGGGACAGAGAGGUGAGGAGGUUACACGGCGAGACUGGGUUCAGAGCCAUCACCCCGGGUGGCAUGGACAGUGGAGACAGAGUCUCUCACCCAGAUGAAACUCUUAAAAAGAGGCUGAAAGAGAAACAUGUGGAAGUGCAGAGAAUGAAAAAAGCGGUGGAGUCACUGAUGGCAGCCAAUGAGGAGAAGGAUCGUAAGAUUGAGGAGUUGAGGCAGUCGCUGCAGCGCUACAAGAAGGUCCAGGACAUGGUGAUGUCAGUGCAAGAGAAGAAAGACAAAACCAAAGAUGGUGAGAGUGACGAGAGUAACAGCGACAACUCCCUCUCUGUGAUGUCAACGACAACCACCCCGGUUGCCCUGGAGUCGGAGAGGCACGCGCUAGCUGGAGUCGAGGAAGUAGCCGGGAAGAGCCCAGACGAGCUGGAGACGCACUAUGGUGCUACUGAAGUGCCUUCGCCAACAACCAGCCCUACAGUCCAGUCAGCCUGCGCUCUACAGAGCGUGCCAGAGCUUGACCAAGCUGAACCUGAGAGGACCCUGCAUGUCCUGAAGUCAGCGAGUCAGGAAAACGUGUAUGUCAGCAACAGUGAAAAGAUUACAUUGGUGAUUGACGAAAAGCCAACAGAGAAUAAGGCGGUGGAGGAAAUCAGUAAGAUCAGCGAGCGCCCGCCCAAGUCUCCCUCUUCAUCUCGCCCAGAGGACGACAGCUUCGGUACCAAGAAGGCUCGCUCCUCCUUUGGCCGAGGCUUCUUCAAGAUCAAGGGGGGCAAGAGGACAGCCAGCGCCCCUAACCUGGCUGAGACCGUGCGAGAGGGGGGCACUGACCAUCUGGACCUGGCAGGGCUACCCCAGAGGUCAGCCAUCAGCGACAGCACCAACACACUGACCAGUGUGACCUCUACUACCUCUCCCGAGGGCAAGAAGAAGUCCAGGGGAAUCAAGGCACUCUUUGGAAAGCUGAGGAGAAGUCAGUCCACCACGUUCAACCUGGAUGACAACCUAUCAGAGCCGGUCGAGUUCAAGAGAGGCGGAGUCCGGGCCACAGCAGGACCCAGACUGGGAUGGUCCCGGGACCUACAGCAAUCACACAACACUGACUUGGACACCCCGUUUGCCCGCUGGUCCAAGGAGCAGGUGUGUGACUGGCUGCAGGAGCAGGGACUGGGGCUCUACCUGAACAUGGCCCACGUGUGGAUCUCUUCUGGACAGACUCUGCUGCAGGCCUCACAGCAGGAUCUAGAGAGGGAGCUGGGCAUCAAACACCCGCUGCACAGGAAGAAGCUCCAGCUGGCCCUGCAGGCUCUGGGCUCUGAGGAGGAUGACAAUAAGGGCAAACUGGACUACAACUGGGUGACCAGGUGGCUGGAUGACAUUGGCCUGCCUCAGUAUAAGACCCAGUUCGAUGAGGGGAGGGUGGACGGCCGGAUGCUGCACUAUAUGACAGUAGAUGACCUGUUGUCUCUGAAGGUGGGCAGUGUGCUCCACCACCUCAGCAUCAAGAGAGCCAUCCAGGUGCUACGCCUCAACAACUACGAGCCCAACUGCCUGCGCCGACGGCCCUCCGAUGAGAACAACAUCACACCAGCAGAGAUCUCACAGUGGACCAAUCACAGAGUAAUGGAGUGGCUGAGAUCAGUAGACCUGGCAGAGUACGCCCCCAACCUGAGGGGCAGCGGCGUGCACGGGGGACUCAUGGUGCUGGAGCCUCGGUUCAACGUGGAGACCAUGGCCCUGCUGCUGAACAUUCCCCCCAACAAGACCCUGCUGCGGAGGCACCUGGCCACCCACUUCAACCUGCUGGUGGGCUCUGAGGCCCAGGGGCUCAAACAGGAUUGUCUGGAGAACCCCGACUACACCCUGCUUACAGCCACUGCCAAGGUCAAGCUGAGGAAGAUAACGUUUGGGAGCUUUGGCAGCCUGAGAAAGAAGAGGCAGGAUGAGAGUGAGGAGUAUGUCUGCCCCAUGGACGUGGAGAUGCCAAAGGGACGUAGCUUCCAGAAAGGCUAUGAGCUCUACGAGGACGAUCUGGACCGGCUAGAACAGAUGGAAGACUCAGAGGGAACUGUGAGGCAGAUUGGAGCCUUCUCUGAGGGCAUCCAAAACUUGACGAGCAUGCUGAAAGAUGAUGAAUUCUUCAAAGAGACCUCGAACUCUCCCAACCCCAGCGUAACAGAUGACGAUUCCAACGUUUGAGGCCAGCGCUAUGGGACUAGCAGACCAGGAUUGAAAUACUAUUUGGAAUAAUUUAAAAUACUUUAGCUGUGCUUGAUUGAGCUUGCCUUUUGGGAUGGAAUGCAAUAGGAAUAGAAAAGUCCAAAAAGUGGCACUCCAGGCAGGCUAAAGCAAACACUCAAAGUAUUUGAACCCAGGUGUGCCACUAGCACACACUGACUCCACCGUACCCUCCAACUCUCCGUACCCCCCUCCAACUCUCCGUACCCCCCAACAAGCACCAGAUCUCUUUUUAGUAUUUUAGGCAUAACUUUUUUUUAAAGAAAUUAAAAAGUCCAUGUCUGUUGUCAUGUGGAUUGAUACACUUGUUUUUUUAAGGUGCUGCCAAAGCUAAAAUACCACCUCUGCAUGAUUAACAAUUCAAUUCGCCCCUGCCUACCCAAUAGCAGGUCAGUUAUCAAUUCCCAUUAAUCCCUACAGAUCUGAUAGCUCCUGCUCUGCCUUACCUCUGAGCUAGUCUACAGCGAGGGACUGUUCCUCAAGCUCAACAGUAAGGGCCUUACAGUAAAGUGGGCUAUCCCCGAAGUAGAGUGCCUACGCUCCCUAACCCUGAACCUUAUAAACCCGGUGUCUUCUCAGGAUUGUCCGGGCCAGAGUGUCAACCUCAGCACACUGAAUGGGUCGCCCUCCUCUGGGUUGGCUUUUAGCCGAGAGACACCCCUUCCUAUGACUCCUACCAAUGCACUCAGUACCUAUAGUUCGGGUCCCAGGUUCCUUUAUACCAGCUACUUGGGUUCCCUAUGGAAUGAUUAACCAAGAAAACUAGCUAGAGAUCCUCAAUUAAUCAAGCAUAUUUCAGAAACCUAGAGUAAAACGACAUGCGGUUGUAUGACUCUUUUAUGACACGGGGUUUUAGAACAACAAAGUGAGUUUAUUCAAAAUUCCAGAAACAGGCAUAAAAAAUCCCCAAUCAAUCACAAAUCAAUUAUAAGCAAAGAUUUACUGUAAAUUAAAUUGAUAGACAACCUCCAGCACCCUUAACUAAAUCCCUGUUGGGGUGUUCCAAUAAAAUGUUUUGUCUGUUACAAUUUUAUGAGAAGCACAGUAUUUAAUAACAAGAAAAACCUUAUACAACUCUCAACUGUUUUUUUUGGCUCCCCCCCACAGGAUGAUCAGACCCUCAGAAGGCACCUAGAAACUCUAACAGCUACUUUACCACACCUCUAUCAUUGAGGUAACCUUAAGGAAUCCUCCUAGAAUUUUACUUCAACUGGGUAUGCCUAAAAUGUAAAUGUAAUAAGUAAACAAACAAAAAAAUCUAAAUAUAUUGUAGGCUAUAAAGCUACAGCAAAAAUCUUCUUCCAGCAGUCAACAGGCUAUUCUGGCAAGCUUAGAGUGCCCUUCCCUCCAAAAAUCAUAGCUCUUUUAUACCAUCCCUUUUUCUUUCUGCUAACUCAUUGUGGUUAACACCUACCCCAAUGACGCAUCCAGUGGUUAACACCUACCCCAAUGACGCAUCCAGUGGUUAACACCUAAUGUGGCCAUGGUUCAAAAAGGUGCUUUUUCAGCCCCCUUAACUCCCACUUUUUUCUCACCUAAGUUGGAUCUCAAUCCGCUUCACCCCUAAACGUUCUAACCUGGAGAUUUCCAGAUCAAGUUAACAUCCUUAAACUAAUUUUUAAACUGACAUUUUUUUCACAUUACCAUUCCCCACUUGGCACCAUAUUAAUCCCUCUCCAAUUUAACUAAUUACUCCCAUUACCUCUUAAAUAUCCAACAAAUUAAACAUUUAAUCAUUACAUUUCAACAUUAUAGCCUUCCAUUAUCAAUCUCCAACAGGCCCUAAGGCCUUGUUCCUCUAUACUUAACAAACAUAGUCUAUAUGCAUCAUACCUUAAAGCAAACAUCACAUUAACUAUUUUACUGGAUUACUUAAAUCACACAUUGUUAACCCUCUUACUAAAUUAUUCUAAUCACCCUUUAAUCACCUCUGCCACUAUACAUUUGUCCAUGCUUUCAAACUUUAACAUAUUUAACCUUUAAUCAUCAAUUAAUUUAUUUUUCUUAUUUUUCUUAUUUUCCUUAGUCAAUGUCAAUUCUCUCUCAAUAUUCAUUCUUGUGUGUGUGUGUGUGUGUGUGUGUGUGUGUGUGUGUGUGUGUGUGUGUGUGUGUGUGUGUGUGUGUGUAAGCAAAACUUCUUGAGUGUGGGCAUAUGCAAAUGUUUCUCUAAAAUGUCAGAGAACUGGGCCUUAGCCAACUACUAUUGACAGUACAAGUCCAUUUUAACUGUCCUAUUUGGAGAGGAAUUAUUUCAGAGCAAUAUGCCACCAUAAUUUGCCUACCAGCUGGAUACUGGAGACAUUUGUAGUCAUUGUUUUUAUACUAGCCAUCUUUCUGUGGAAUUUAAGUAUUAAAGUGAGCCAUAUCAAUAUCUGAUAAACCCUUUUUUUUUACAUUAAGAUGUAAUGUAGGGCUUUUGCAAAGUCUAAUAUGUCAUUUUAAGAAUAUGUUUGGCUUUUUAACAGAGUCACUGUCAGAGGAAGAAAAAAAUAAAAAUAUUUUCUGUGCAGUAUUGCCCAAGUUAAAUAAAUGCCCCAAGACAGCUGCUAUGGUUUACACAGAAAACCAGACUAUUUCAGCUGCAACAUUUUUAUUCUUUCAACACAUCUCGCCAUAUCCUAGACACUCCCAGUAAUGGUGUUUAUUUGAAUGCAUUUCCACCUAUAAUAUACAGUUCAAAGCAUAUAAUUCCUUUUUAAAGUGUCAUUGCAUGUUAUUGAAGCCUUUCUUGUAGCCAAAAUGUUGUACACCUGCUAAUGGAAUAUGGAUUUCUUGUUUACUAUAAUUUGUACUGAGAUAAAUAUUGCCAGAUAGCAUAGUUAUUUUGAGAAUACCGUAGCUAGCCUGGGUUCCAGUCUGUUUCUGCUCUCUUGCCAACUCCUUAUGGAAUUGGAUUGGCAAGAGAAAAGAAAGUGACUGGCGUUCAGGCUGUUGUAGCAUGUUCAAAGAGUUGAGCGAUAAAGCAAUGCAAGAAUGUCACAAAAGCAAUGACACUGUUAUGCAACACCCUAACCACAUGAGGAUAAAGUUUGUACUGUUUACUGGUUGAGUUUUUACCCAUUUCUAGGGUCAAUGAAUUCAUUUAAACUGUCUGUCUAAUUUCUCAAGUAGGAUUGGAAAUGUAGAACAUAAAGCAUAUAGGUUUGUUUUGCAAUGCAGAUUCAUUACCAUUUAAAAGCCUUUACCUCUCCAUGUUUGUACAGACUCUUAUUUUUGUUAACACCAAGCAAAUAAAGGGAUUCUUGACAGUCA